AUGGCCAGCAUCAUCGUCCCCCAGCCCCAGGCAAUCGUCCCCGCUCGGCCUGCGUUCCAGCAUUGGCCAUACCAGGUCCAGAAGAAGGUGAAGGCAAUAGGGAAGCCCUUUACCAAUCAAUUCUUCACAUGGAAGAUCCAGGGAUACAACGCGCAGCAGGAACAGUGCAGCGACACUGGAGGGGAACCAGACGGCCUGUCGCAACAGUCGAUCUGCGCCGUCCUGGUCCCGUUCCCGCUCCCGCCCCCUCUCCCUCUGAGAGAGCAACGCACUAUUCCUGUAACAUGGGAGCCGUCUGGAGCACCAAUCCACGACGCCUCUAGUAGCUCGGAUUACGAUAUGCGCGACGCGUCGAGCGAUAGCGACUCGGAGCGCGGUGUGGUCCCCCCCAGCGACCAGCCCGCCGCAUUGCAUUGCACGCGUCUAAGCCCUCUGAGAGACCUGUGUCUUACCACUCUGCCCGCCGAACUGGCCACUCAGAGAUGUAGUCAGCCUGCAUCCCCCGAUCCGGCCUUACAAGAGCUGCGUCGCACCGUUCGGACAACUCUUACCACGCGUCGUUCCCGUACACUCCGCCAUGACGCGGAUGGCAAGAACCGCCUGGACGGCAGGUCACAGCGGCGGCUCACACGUCCCACCCUCCCCUCGUUUGGGCACGUCGUCCGCACCACCGCGAUCGACUGCACCCAGCAACGGCCUCAACAUCGUACCAGGCCAUACUCGUGCACGUCACGUUAUGACCACUGUUGCAGCGGAUGCUGUCCGGACACGCUGUGCCCAUUCAAAGUUUUCGGCCACGCGCAGCCCUGUCGACGGCUAGAAUUGUCAGGAUGA